AUGUUCGUGAGCCAGGUCAUCGGCACGGGGAUCGGUUGCAUCAUCUCCCCCACCGUCUUCUGGAUCUUCUACCAGGCCUACGACAUCGGCAACGACGAGGGCUACCCGGCGCCCUACGCCAAGAUCUACCGCGGCAUCGCGCUCCUCGGCACCAACGGCUGGGACCAGCUGCCCAAGUACUGCCUCAGGUUCUGCGCCGCCUUCUUCAUCCUCGCCAUCGCCAUCUGCGCGCUCAAGGAGGUGGCCAACAACAAAACAUGGUGGAUCAGGGAUUACAUACCCAGCGCGCUCGGCAUGGCGGUGCCCUUCUUCCUCGGCUCCUUCUUCACCAUCGACAUGUGCGUGGGGAGCUUGAUACUCUACAUGUGGUCCAAGUCCGACAGGCUGCACGCGCAGAUGUUCGCGCCGGCGGUGGCGUCGGGGCUCAUCUGCGGCGAUGGGAUUUGGUCAUUGCCAUCGUCAUUGCUGUCGCUAGGCAACGUGGAACCGCCCAUGUGCCUCAGGGUCUUCGACGCCGACACCAACUACGAGGUGGAGCAGUUCCUUUCGACCUUACCCACCAUCCCGGAGUAA